GGCACCUUAUCUACUAGUACAUACGCGCAAUUCUUGCGUAUGUGCAGAUUCGCACUCUUUAUCACUUGCGCCUAACUUGCGCCUCGUUAUUUCACUACCAUCAUGUUGCCUGCGUGUCGGCAUGCAACAGCUCAGUAUGCCCGACAGAGUCUCGCUCUGGCUAGGUAUGCCAGUACGACCACCAAGGAAAAGUUUCGAGUGCUUGUUGUUGGAGCAGGCUCUGGUGGGUUGGCCGUCGCCAACCAGAUAUACAACCGCUUUAAGGCUGCCGGAAAGCCUUUGAACGCAGGGGAUGUAGUGGUCCUUGACGCAGCAGACUAUCACUACUAUCAACCUGGCUGGACUUUGGUUGGUGCUGGUCUUCGUCCCAAAACAGACUUUAGACGACCACUCGCGUCCCUAUUCCCACCACAUAUUACGCAUAUCCCAGAGAAUGUUAAGUCAUUCUAUCCGGAAACCUCAUCAGUCACGACAACGUCGGGUCGCACAAUUUCAUAUGAUUCGCUUGUAGUGGCAGCAGGUUUGAAGACAAACUGGGAUGGCAUCGCUGGCUUGCCGCAGGCUCUCGCUGAUCCUUCUUCUGGCGUUUCAUCAAUAUACUCAUAUGAUACCUGCGACAAAGUCUGGCAUGACGUGGAUGCUCUCAGGUCUGGAAAUGCUAUUUUCACCCAACCUGCAGGUGUCAUUAAAUGUGGAGGAGCUCCACAGAAAAUCAUGUGGAUGGCCUGGGACAGAUACCAAAAAUCAGGUCGAGGAAAUAACAUCAAAAUUGACUUCAUGACUGGCACACCAUCCAUGUUUAGCGUCAAGAAGUAUUCGGAUGCCCUGAACGCCCUGCGCAUUGAGCGGGGUAUCGGAGCAGAGUUCCAACAUAACCUAAUUUCCAUUGAUGCCCCGAACAGAAAAGCGACCUUCAAGAAGGCUGACGGUUCGACUGUCGAUCGUGAUUUUACCCUCCUUCAUGUCGCCCCGCCGAUGGGACCGCUUGAUUUCAUCAAAGGCACGCCCAUUGCUGAUCCAGCGGGAUGGGUAGAAAUCGACCAGGCGACUCUCAGACAUGUGAAGCCCGAGUUUGGAAACAUAUUUGCCUUGGGUGACUGCUCCUCCCUGCCCACUAGCAAAACGGCUGCCGCUAUUACAUCUCAGGCCCCUGUCUUAACUGAAAACUUGUUUUCGGUUAUGGACACUGGCAAUGUGAGCAGUGCCAAGUACGAUGGCUAUACCAGUUGCCCGCUCUUGACGGGGUAUGGGGAAUUGAUGCUAGCGGAGUUCAAGUAUGGACUUGAGCCCAAAGAGAGCUUUGCAAAUUACCUGGGUGAUCAGACAAAACGGAGAAGAUUGUUCUACCACUUAAAAAAGGACGUUUUCCCUUGGGUAUACUGGAACCGGAUGGUUGACGGGAAAUGGUUUGGCCCCUCAGGACCAUUCCGUCCUAAGUUUGAGUGAUGAGCAAAUUUAGGAGCUGUCGGGAAUAAUUAUACCGCUUGACAUUCAGUUUCAUGAAUGAAUUGAUCAAACAUGUAUGACUCAUUGAAACCCCUUCAACGUUGCGGCUUGUGACAUUCCAUGGCCACUGUUCCGUUCAAGUAAUGUGAAAGGGGACUAUUUCCGCGGCAUUGUCAGCAUCGCCCUGAGAUACCUCAGCGAGGACCAUCUCCUAUCGGAAACAGAUGUUUCUAGCGUCCCAAGAGGAUGUGUGUACACGGGUCUGAGGACUAUCCGCCGGUUCUUCACGUUAUGUCUGACUCGAGUUCCACUUAGUCUCCCCUAGCCAGACCAUAUAGAAGGAAGACA